GCGGGGUUUUGGUUUCGUUUAUUUCACCGACCAGAAACAAAAGUUUACUUGAUCGGCAGCGGCACGACGGCUAUUUAAUUAGUUUUUAAGCUUUAUUUAUCUUUAAUUAAUUAAGCUUGUUUUAUAACAUUACAAAAAUGCAUGUCCGCGUGCGGUUUUUCGGACAUCCCGAGGCUGUUCUAGUAGUUGAAUCCAAACUUACUAAGAUCGAGCAAUUCAGACGGGUUGUUAGAGAAAAAUUCCAAGUGGAACCAAAGUUACAAAGGUUAAUAUACGGUGGAAAGCUGCUGGAAGACGGGUAUACAUUCCAUGACUACAAUAUCAAACUGAAUGAUGUCAUACAACUGAUAGAGAGAGUGCAGCAAGUGGACAAAACAGACGAUGUGGAAACUGAGAGCCAGGAGAGUGAUAUGGCUUCCAAACAGACUGAGAAGAACAAUAAUAUCCAAUAUAAAGAUGCCACAAGCACAAUGUACAAAGUGGGAGACUUCAUUGACACAAAGCAAAGGGAAGGUGGUCACUGGUUGGAGGGCUGUAUCACAAGGAUAGUUUUUGAUCCCGAAGUACAAAGAGAUGACACUUUCUCAGAAAAUGAUGCAGGAAUAAAUUCUGAUGAAAACAUUCUUCUACAAGUUAGAUUGGAUCAGGAUACAGAAGAUGAAGAGAUAUUUUGUAAACUGACAGAGAUUCGACCACGAGCGAGAAAUGAAAUCAACCCUGAAGACAUACAGACAGGACAAACUGUAAUGUUAAACUAUAACAUUGAUGAUCCGGGAGAAAUCGGCUACUGGUAUGACUUCAAAGUAGAUCAAGUAAAGAAACAAAGAAAAACCUAUGAGUUGACCGGAACGCUAUACUUGGGACCAGAAUCAGUGCCUCAGGAUGAUACAAGCGUUGUGGUGAAAGAUAAAGUGUUUGCUAUAGAAGAGCCAGUGCCUUUGUUGAAGAGGACGGAGGAGUAUAACCAAAGUACCGCAGUGCCACCACCAAAAAGAAGACAGCCAAUAAACUGCAAAAAAUGUGGUGAUGAUGAAAGCAGGCCGUGCCGACGCUGUGGCUGUUAUGUGUGUGCGUCCAAACACGCACCUGGAGAAAUUAUACUCUGCGAUGAGUGCGAUAACGGAUUUCACCUGAAUUGCCUGAAACCGGCGUUGGAAGCUAUACCGGCCGAGGACUGGUACUGCCCCUCGUGCAGGCGAGACCCCAACGACGUGGUGGCACCCGGCGCCGCGAGGCAGACCAAGAAGACCACCGGCUCGGAGGCUACGCGGGAUUGGGGACGCGGGAUGGCCUGUGUCGGUAAAACGAAAGACAGUGAUAUGCCAGCUGAUCACUUUGGCCCCAUCCCGGGUAUAGAAGUCGGUAUGAUUUGGCGAUAUCGCAUGCAGCUAUCAGAAAAUGGACUACACAGACCUAUUGUGUCAGGGAUACACGGGCGGGACGCUGUCGGUGCUUUCAGCAUAGUAUUGUCAGGGGGGUACGAAGACGACGUGGACGACGGGUACGAGUUCACGUACACGGGCAGCGGCGGCCGGGACCUGUCCGGCAACAAGCGCACCGCGGAGCAGUCCUGCGAUCAGCAGUUCACUCGCCAGAACCGGGCUCUAGCUCGCAACUGCGCUGCAAAGCCGGUGAGUGAACGCGGCGGCGACGCGGGCGACAACUGGCGGCAAGGGAAGCCCGUGCGGGUCAUGCGCUCCUACAAGAUGCGCAAGGCGUUCCCGAAGUACGCGCCGCCCGAAGGGAUACGAUACGACGGCAUCUAUAAAGUUGUGAAGUACUAUCCGGCGAAGGGGCUGUCGGGGUUCCGCGUGUACAAGUACCUGCUGCGGAGGGACGACCCCAGCCCCGCGCCCUGGGAGCCCGGCGCCAAGCAGUUCCCUAUCAUCUACCCCGAUGGCUAUUUAGAAGCUGAAGCCCAGAAACAGAAACUCAAACAGAACAAAAACAAACCAAAAGAAAAAGAUACAAAAAAUUCACCCGACACAACAAAACGGGCUCUGAACGAAAGUAACCACCAACCAACACGAAAAGGCAAAAAAUCUAUCGAUGGAAGUAAAACCAAACAGACAAACGGUGCGAGCAAAACUUCAAGCAAGAGACGUAAGAUCUCCUCGAGUGAGGACGAGACGGACAGUACUGAAGAAUGUAGUGAAGAUUCCAUUGAAAUCAGCAAGAAAUCGACUAAACACGAAACUCUAGACAACAGCGUAAAGUCAGCAGCCAUAUCACUAGACGAAUCUCAGGAUAAAUCUGGACAAAAAUCAAGGAAACGAAAAAAUUCUCCACGAGAUAACCGAACUCGGACCAAGCUCUCAAUCUCUCCAGUCACGAAAAAGGCCAAGAAUUCUUUCAAUAAAGAUUCCAACUCUACUGUCGACAAGGAAAACGCGCUGACGAAGCUAACAGCUGACGAGCUGAAGGCCAUCCAAGCGGACCAACAGAACGCCAGGCUGUGGGAGCAGUGCCUCGAGAUCUGCCGGCGACAAACCAAAAAGGAACUCAUAGAAAAUGUGAUGGAAGUAUUCCGUUGCAUCAUUUGCCAGGGGCUGGCCGUGUCUCCCGUUACGACACCUUGUCUGCAUAACUUUUGUUUGUCAUGCAUGAAGCGGGCCUUCAAAGCGAUGGAUACCAAAUCCUGUCCCCACUGCCGACAGAAGUUGUCCGGCUUGGAGCCCGUCACCAACGCGCAGCUCCGCGCCGCGCUGCGCACGCUGCUGCCCGGCUACGACGCUGCGCACAAGUAGAACUGUCCUUGAAGAAGCCCUACUGCAUACCAUCAGACAUUGCCUGUCAGAAAACUUUCUUUGUGACACUGAUCUCGACUGAAACAAGUGCGCUGGACCUGUGAUUGCUGAUCUGUUUUUGAAUAAAUGAUUUGAUAACAAUA